AUGGUGCUAAAAAGCAGAGACUCGACUAAUGUGCUGGCCAGAAUGAUUCAAUCAUAUCACAUACACAGUGCAAGCAACUGCUUCCCAUUCAUAGAUUGUGUGAAGUUAGGACAAAACACUGGCAAUAUGGCCCCAGACACUGGCACCAACUUCUCAAGCUACGACACAGUGCCUCUCCAUUCUGAUGGGGACAUAGACAACUUGCUGAAUUUUCCGAAUUCUGAUCUUGAACUUGUUGAGAACCAUGGUUUGGAGUCACUUGCUGAUCAACAGACUGUCCAUGCUGCAGUUGUUCCUAGUGAAGACCCGGCGGAGAUGGGGCGAUAG